CAACGGGCGACGUGGCCAAAUCCAUUUGACCACGACGAUCUACCUAGCCAAAGUGCAAGAUCUCUACCUAUUAGUAUUAGGUAGUAUGAUCUCCGCAUUCUCACCAGAUCCAUCUAGGCUCCCUUCACGCUUCUUAAGCGCUUCAUUGUUGCUGAUUCUAAACCCUCCUCCAGGUGGCUAAGUCCAUUCGCAUUUUCCCAGCUUUGAUUGACUCCGCAGCUGAGCCGUUUUGCGUUUCGGCGGUAGAUCCUUUCCAAAGCAGCAGCUUCUCGGAACCAGGAGAGAUGGCUCUUGCAAAAUGCAUGCACAGCCAGGCCCUGCCGCUGUCUCACCCGCUCUCUACACCCUCCCUUUUGCGGUCAACUGAGUGUAUUGCGCCCACCAUCCCUCUCCUGCAAAGAUCAGCAAAGAGCGGUGUGCGUAAGCAGCACAAGGCAGCUUGCAGGGCCGCUGUUUCGACGGGGGCGGAAAGGAUUGUGAAAACUGAAGACAGAAUCCAGCUUGGCAAGUCUUCAGUCGAGGUGUCUCCCAUUGGGGUGGGCGCUUGGGCCUGGGGAGACAAGUUCUUCUGGAAUGAUGGGAGCUGGACUGAUGAGAAGAUUGAGGGAGCACGUCAGGCAUACGAGACCACUCUCAGUUCAGGCCUCAACUUCUUUGAUACAGCUGAGGUUUACGGGACAGCCCAAUUCGGCUCCGAUGACUCCGAGUCUCUCCUUGGCCGCUACAUCAAGGAAAGCAAGCAGAAUGUGAGGCCCAUUGUGGCUACCAAGUUCGCUCCGCUGCCUUGGCGCCUUGGAAAGGGGUCCGUUGUUGCUGCUGUCAAGCAGUCGCUGUCGCGGUUGCAGAUGGACCAGAUCGACCUCUAUCAGCUGCACUGGCCGGGCAUCUGGGGGAAUGAGUGGUACCUUGAUGGCUUGGCGGAGGCCGUCAACCAAGGUCUUGUCAAAGCUGUUGGUGUGUCUAAUUACAAAGAGGACCGCCUGCGUGCAGCCCACGCACGGCUGGCGGAGAGGGGGAUCCCCCUGGCCUCCAACCAGGUACACUACAACUUGCUCUACCGGCUGCCCGAGAAGAACGGCGUGAAGCGGACCUGCGACGAACUAGGCGUCACGCUCAUCGCGUAUUCGCCGUUGGCACAGGGCAUUCUGAGCGGGAAGUAUACGCCGGAGAAGCCCCCGAGCGGGCCCCGGGGGACCACGUACGGCCGGGAGUUUUUGAGCCAGAGCUUGCCGCUGCUAAAGCGCCUGAAGCAGAUUGGGCGGAACUACGGGGACAAGACGUCAAUCCAAGUGGCGUUGAACUGGCUCAUUGCGCAGGGGAACGUGGUCCCUAUCCCCGGGGCGAAGUCCCGAGCACAGGCGGAGGAGUUUGCGGGUGCCUUGGGCUGGAGCCUGUCCGACGAAGAGGUCCAGGAGCUGAGGGAGUUGUCGGAGCGAGUGCCGCCGGUGCAAGGGUUUCCAGUAGAGGCUUGGUGAUUGGACGGCCAACACAUUGUUUGUCGCGGGUUAUUUUACCCUGUCCAUUGGACGAGUUGACAACCAAAUUGAAAUCUUUCCGGCCAGCAGUAAGUGGGAGUCUACAGUUCUUCCUGAAGUCGAACCAGGAUGGGACAAGCAGCAAGCUGUGUGUAAAUAGUUGUGACAGGCUUGCGACUUUUGAUAUAAUGGAGAUUUUAGCUUAUGAAUGGAAUCGGUGUUGAAUUGAAUCUGUGUGACAAAUACAUAGGCUGUGUGAAACGGACAUGUUCACGAAGUGCACGGCAUCAAAAUAUGCACGAGUUAGGACGUGCGCUGAUUAGCA